ACGGCAAGUGGAAGAGCAGCGCGCGGAAGAGCGCCAUGGGCGCCGGCGGGGGCUCGGGCCAGGCCGCCUGCCUCAAGCAGAUCCUCCUGCUUCAGCUCGACCUCAUCGAGCAGCAGCAGCAGCAGCUGCAGGCCAAGGAGAAGGAGAUCGAGGAGCUCAAGGCCGAGAGGGACACGCUCCUGGCUCGAAUUGAGCGCAUGGAAAGGAGGAUGCAGCUGGUGAAGAAAGAUAACGAGAGAGAGAAACACAGGAUUUUUCAAGGGUAUGAAACAGAAGAGAAGGCUGAGUCGGAAGCAUCUGACAAAUUACAGAUUGAGUGCCAGCAGGAUCUCCUGGAGACUUCCCAGACCCUGCCUCCCAAACACUUCUCGUAUGGAAGAAAUGGAAAGGGACAUAAAAGGAAGUCGGCGUUUGGAAGUGCAGAGAGGAAAACUCCAGUUAAAAAGCUGGUGACUGAAUUUUCAAAAGUCAAAAGCAAAACUUUGAAGCACUCUCCAAUGAAGGAGGAGUCAAGUAGCUCUUUACCUGAAACUGUUUGCAAACGUGAACUGAGGAGCCAAGAGACUCCAGAAAAAACCCGAUCUCUAGUGGACACUCCACUAAAACCAUCCACCCCCUUGCGAGGUCCCAGUGCCCAUCCCAAGGAUAAAAGCUUUUCCAGCGAUAUAGAAGAUCUGCCAUACCUCUCAACCACAGAAAUGUAUUUGUGUCGUUGGCAUCAGCCUCCCCCAUCACCAUUGCCGUUACGAGAGCCCUCCCCAAAGAAGGAGGAGACUGUAGCAAUUCCUUCUUGGAGGGACCAUGUUGUAGAGCCCUUGAGAGACCCAAAUCCUUCAGAUCUCUUGGAGAAUCUAGAUGACAGUGUAUUUUCCAAAAGGCAUGCAAAACUGGAGCUGGAUGAGAAGAGGAGGAAAAGGUGGGAUAUCCAGAGGAUCAGGGAACAAAGAAUUCUACAGCGACUGCAGCUCAGAAUGUAUAAAAGGAAAGGAAUUCAGGAAUCUGAGCCUGAAGUUACCUCAUUUUUCCCUGAGCCAGAUGAUGUGGAAAGCUUGCUGAUUACCCCCUACUUGCCUGUUGUAGCAUUUGGCCGACCAUUACCAAAACUAACCCCACAAAACUUUGAGCUGCCCUGGCUGGAUGAACGAAGCCGUUGUCGGCUGGAUACGCAAAAGAAGCAGACGCCUCACCGAACGUGCAGAAAAUAACUGCAUGGACAAGAGAGCUUUGCAUUGCAAUGGGUGUAGCAGGCCAUUUGUAACAAGUGGCCGGGAACUUUAUAUGUUGUUCAGUCACAUGACUCUUUGCCCUCAUGUAUAUUCUUUGCUGGUUCCUACCCCCCCCCCUCCCCAAAUGCCCCUCGUUCAGGUUUUCUUGUUUUGCUUUCGUUCUACAAAAAACUCUUUACCUAGCUAAUUAACUGUGGUUUUAUUCGUUUUGUUUGUUUGUUCUCUCUUUUCUUGGUAGCAAGCUCUCAAGCUUUUAUGCUGAAGCAGUAGGGCUGGAAGCUAAAGUGGCAUCUUUUUGCUGCUUGUGCAAACUUUUUUUCUAGCUGCUGUGGCCACUACCGUUUUGUAAGAGGCCUUGUGAAGGUAGGUGAGCCUAAAAA